GUAGUCACGUGUGUUUUGAAAAGUUUAUUAGAAUGGAACAGAACAGGAGAAUACUUGCAUUUAAAUGCGAUUUUGAAGCAAAACGAAUUUAACCGAGCAGCACACGGCAUCUAGACGUUUAGAUAAACCACCGACCGCUAGCUUUAUUUGUUGCUUUUUUCUAGCUUUGGUGAAGUUAAGCUACGCUCAUUUGGCUAACUCUAGCUCGUAUCAGCGCUGCGAACAGUUGGGACUCGCUUUCGCGUGAGGAUUAAACUGAAUUUGGUUUUUACGCUGGUUGUGAGUUUAACGUACCGGUUCGGUUAAGUUACAGUUUCCGUUAGAGCCUAAGCAAGCAGACAACGCGGUAGAAAUGGUCUUCUUCACCUGCAACGCCUGUGGUGAGUCACUGAAAAAAGCCCAGGUGGAUAAACACGUGAACAUGUGCCGGGGCUGCCAGGUCCUGUCCUGCAUCGACUGUGGAAAAGACUUCUGGGGCAAUGACUACAAAAACCACAAUAAAUGUAUCAGUGAAGAUCAGAAAUAUGGAGGCAAAGGAUACGAGGCCAAGGCCAACAAAGGAGAUGUGAAACAGCAGCAAUGGAUUCAGAGAAUCAACGAAGCCAUGAACAAACCUGGAGUCAGUGCGAAGCUGAGAGAUGUGCUGAGACAAGUCAGUGCCUAUGAUAACGUGCCGAGAAAGAAAGCCAAGUUUCAGAACUGGAUGAGAAACAGUCUUAAAAUAGCCAACACCAGUCUACACGAUGAAGUGUGGGAGAUAAUUGCUGCUGCUGACAAUGCCACCCAACAGACUCAACAAUGUAAACCGUUAGAGGCAGGAGAUGACCAAGCCACUAAUGGAAAUGAAAAACAGAAUGGCCAUCCAGAUGUGGAGAAGAAGAAGCUGAACAAACGGGAGCGUAAAGAAGCUCGUCAGCAAAAGAAUGGGAAAGCAACAAAAGGUGCAGAGACUGCAGUCACACAAGAGCCAGAGGAAGACCAGGCAGGCAAAAAGAAAAAAAAGGACAGGAAGAGAAAGGCCAGCUGUGACCACGAUGAAGAUGAAGAGCAGAGCGUGCACUGUACUGAAAGCAAGUUAAAAAAGCUUGACGACACAGAGGAUGCUGAUAUGUCAGAGGAGGCUGAGAAUGAAGCUGUGUUCAAAGGUAAAUUCAACUGGAAGGGAAACAUCAAGGCAGUACUGAGAGAUUGCCCAGACCAGGAACUGUCUGUGAAGAGACUCAGGAAGAAGAUAUUGGCAGCCUACUACUCUUACACUGGUGAUAGGAAUACUAAAACGGAGACGGAGGUCCUUGCCCUUUUCAGCAAGAAGAUCAACAGCAAUCCCAAGUUCAGAGUUUUGAAAGACAGAGUUCGACUUGUAAAGUAGACUUGUUCAUGUCCCCCUUUUGGCAUGUAAUGUUGUUCAUAGGCUUUUGAAAUGUAAAAGUCAUCGUUGUCUGUCGUCUUUCCUUUUUUGUUUUUUACAGAUGACAUAAUCUUAAAGAUUAAACAUUUUAUGACUGCA